GAUUCAGGAAGGGGGUCGGGGGUGUCAUCUAAAGUGACACAGCUCUUGUAUGAGAAUAGUUCCGUCAGUGUGUUAUGUUCACUGCAGUGAAGUAUCUGUGAAGUAUAUAAUUAAAGAUCAGAUUUAAAUCGGCUUCAAACCGAUACAGGAACCGAAUAUAGGAUUUUACAGAUGUAUGGGGAUUGUACGGCGCUUCAUUUUCUGUUUUCUCGAACACGGCCACACGUGAUUAUGUCCCCUGAAAGAAAAUUCGUAUGAUUAAAAUUAAUUUUGAUAUAUUAUCUUAUUCCUGUUUACAUAUCGUCUCGUAAUUAAACAAUGUUCCUAAUGAAUUCCAUACCAUCUGACAGCGAUAUCUACCAAAUUAUUAGUCGCGUCGACCCGAAUAGUCACUGGUUUUUCAAGUAGGUUACUCAGAACCUUUGCGCUGUUGUUCUGUUUACAGACGGGGUACUCAAAUUAUUUCCAAUCCAGAGUUGGGGCGCACAUGACAACAUUACAUAAAGUUUUCGCGGGAGUUAUCUGCCGAAGUGAAGGGUAUAUUUUCACCUGAGUCCGAAUUGCUUACAUAUUAGCAAAAUGCCAGUCUCGUCCAGAAGACGUUCAACUCGCACGAAAGUGGAUACAAAGGAGAACAAGGAUGUUCUCAAAGUGGAUCCAGCUGUAGGACGAAGAUCCAGGUCCAACAGGCUGCUCAAAGAGCUGGAGCCUGACUUGAGGAAAGAUGUAGCAGAUGAGAAGACAACGGCCGUCCGUGGAAGGAAGCGAACCGUGACUACCGACACGUCGCCUACCAGGCAGCCGUCGCCACAGAAGAUGCCGUCACCCUUGAAAACAAUCAAACAGAGGCCGAUCAAGUCUGAAUCUACGGAGUCUGACACGGAUGCUGAAAUCGAAGAUGCCGUGGCGUAUGAGAAGAUGCGCCAGGAAAACAUCAGGGCCAAUGCAGCUUUCUUGACACAGCUGGGAAUACAGGAGGCCAAACACCAGUUGCAUGAACUGGUACGGAAACCAAAGAAAGGAUUAUCGGUGAAAAGGGUGGUCAAGCCCCGUGAAGUCCUACCACAGCGACGGAGUCUGCGUAUACAGAAUGUGGGACCGCCGAAACCAAUCUAUGUGCCGACGGAACUCAUGGAUCGAGUAGAGGAACAUCCCCGCCCUCCUCCUGGGCCCCUAGGGAUGGUGGAGAGCCUGUAUGAACAACUGGAGGAGGAUGCUCACAAGGACUUCUCUGCAUCUGUAAUGACAUCUUGCAGCAAGACCACGGCCAUUAAGCCUAUCUCAAGAGACCUGGAAGGUUUCCUGAAAGAUUUCUCCAAGAUUCGUCUGACUGAGGACAGAGUUGCAAAGGUUGUGAAAGACCGAAUCUUCUCGAUUGCGAUACACCCAUCCAAGGACAAGGUGCUGGUUGCUGUUGGCGACAAGUGGGGAAGAGUGGGAUUCUGGGAUGUGAUGAGUUCAGAUAAGCAUGAUGGUGUAGUGGCAUACUGCCCCCACGCCCGCCCCGUCAACUGCCUCCAUCUUCCCCCCUGGGCCCCCCUCAAGACCUACUCUUGCAGCUACGAUGGCAGUCUCAGGUGUGGGGACUUUGAGAAGGGGAUCUUUGAUGAGGUGUACUCUUGUCCAGAUGAUGAAGACACACUGCUGCGGAAUUUUGACUUCACCUCAGAGCAUGUGAUGCUGGUGUCCCAGACUGAUGGCUGCGUUGCCGUGGUGGAUGUCCGGACACCUCAGACGAGCGCAGAGCACCUGUACCCGUGUCAUGUGAAGUACCUGCGGACUGUGAGCAUUCAUCCUGUGCAGAAGAACUACUUUGUUACGGCAUCAGUCGACACGACAGUACGUCUGUGGGACUUGCGGAAGAUGUCGAAGAAGAGUAACACUGCCAUUGCCGAGAGAAGACACGGGAAGUCUGUUGACAGUGCUUACUUCUCUCCUGUCACAGGGAAGUACAUUCUGUCAGCUUCCGCGGAUAACACUCUCAACAUAUUUGACAGCUCUGACUUGACAAGUGACCUGACAUUAAAGAGAAGUAUUCGACAUGAUAACCACGUGGGAAGAUGGCUGACCAAGUUCCGCGCCACCUGGCAUCCAGCUCGGGAAGAUCUGUUUGUUGUGGGCAGCAUGAAGAGACCCAGACAGAUUGAGCUGUACAACGAUGAUGGUGUAGAGGUGCAGGUUCUCACCAACCCCGCCUGUCUUGGUUCCGUAUGUUCCUUGAACGCCAUCCACCCCUCCAGGAACAUUGUCGCUGGCGGUAACUCAAGCGGUCGUGUGCAUGUCUUCAUGUGAUGAGCACAGGCAGCUGAUAAUCCUCGGGCUGUAAGCCUGUAACAAUAUAUCUUGCUGACAUGGUCAGGAUGACAUGUGGGCUCUAGUAAGUUAGCCCCAAGAGUUUGGAUAAUCAGGAAGAAUUUCGUAAAUACUGAGGCCUGUCUGGAUGUCAGGUCUGCAGAAUUCCAAUGAAAUGCUAAGGCCUGUUUGGAUGUCAGGUCUGCAGAAUUCCAUGGAAAUGCUGAGGCCUGAUUGUAUGUAAGGUUUGCAGAAUUCUGUGGAAAUACUGCAGUUUGUAUGUCAUGUCUGCAGAAUUCUGUUAAAAUAUUGAAGCCUGUUUGUAUGAAUAUUGCUGUCUUUGCUGUUUAACAACAAACAUUCAACCUACUCGCUCUCUCUUAUACAAUCUCAUUAUAAUCAGAUCUUUGUUCUCGCUAUCGCUAAACAAAGAUCUGACGACAUCCCAUUACGGGUCACGUCAGAACGACCUUUCAUCCAACCAAUCAGAGCGUCGCUUACCAGAUCAUGGAAGUGACGGACGAAAUGUGUUUUCUGAACAUGCAACCUAGAAAAUUCUCGAACGACAGUUAUGUUUUUUUUAUUAUAUCCAUACAAUCUAGGCCAUCUAUAAGCCAUUCCAGAAUGUUCUUUUUAUCCGUUUUAAUUUUUUUAAUCGAGAAUACGUCAAAAAAUAUUUCGAAGUGUAGU